AUGAAAACGUUUAUAAUUUUGGUUUUCCUGUUCCAUUCAUCUUUUGGUUUCUUUUUUGGAGGAAAUAAUUGUGGAUGUCAGCCAACACCACAAUGUCCACCAAAUCCACCGUGUAAAACUGUGGCAUAUUCUGCGAAAACUAUUGUGAGUUGAUUUUAUUUUUCGAGGCUUUUUUUUUCAAAAAAAAAAUAAUAAAUUUCAGCGUUUUUCUGAUCAUCAAUCUCGUAUUCCAAAAGUUUAUAAUGUUCCCGAUGAAUUAGAUUGGGUAAGUAUCGAUAAAAACAGGAUUUUGUGUCAUAAUCAUGAGAUUAUCAAAUCAAAUCAUCUUAUGUCACAUCUUUGUCUCGAAUAAAAUCAAGUUUUAUUUUAGAGAGCUGCUGCUUUUGGUGUCCCUAUUGAUCCUCAACCACAACGUGAUACAUUAUUCGAUAUUCUUCAUAAUUUGGGUGAUAAAUAUGAUUCGAAUAAUGAUCAACCUUUAUUGAUAACCGAUUCAAGUACGAAUUCUAAUUAUUUCCCCGAAGAAAAUGAUGGGGAUUUGACUGAUAUGAAAGGAUUGAACCAAGGAAGAGAUAUCAGAAGAAGUCCAACUGUGCAUGUUCAUGGGGAUAUUGAAACAACAACUAUUGGUUCGGAUGGAACCUUUGAUGAUGAGAAAUGUAGUAGCAGUGUUUUGCGGAAUUUGAUGAUUGAGGUUUAACAUUUCUUCAGAACUAAUUGCAAAAAACAUUUUCAGAAUAUGAGUGAUAGCUCAGCUGAGUCAAAAAAGAAUAUAAACUUAGCCGCUGAAGCGAAAUUUGGUGGAAAUGUGGAUGUUAUUUGUUCUAGAGGCCAUUUCUCCUACAUCUUUACAUCUAAUUUGUUCUGUGAAGCAUCAAAAGGAUUGACCACUUGUAUUGCAUUCAGACAAUCGGAUAACAAUGACAAUCGUAAUAAUAACCGGAAAAAGCUAUUGCGCAGAAUUUGA